ACUAGAAUGAUUUUUAAGAAUGAUUUUAUAAUAUUAUGGUUAUUACUGAUUUAUUAAAAUACUCGAUGUAAAACUUAUGUUUUCUCUCGGUUAUACAAAAUAAGUUAGUGAACAAAAAAUGAUGAAAAAUUUUCAAAUCUGUUUCCUUGCUUCGCUGUUAAAGUUUUCUUUAACAUUUUCUUAUGUGCCAAGGAAUUUUAACGGUACAACUCCAAACAUAAAAGAAAUCAUUAUAGGACGUUGCAACCAAUUCCAACAAGUGAGUUCUCAAAACAAAAAUCCAGCAUUGUUUGUUAACGUUGAUUGUCAGCAAUUUUGGAGUUUGUUUAAUAGUAGUUUUGCAUUUAAAGAUUCUUGCAACUAUGGUGAAAUAAAUGAAAGCAGUUACGAUUUGUUAUUCAAUCUUACAAAAAGUGACAGUUUAUUAAAAGAUCAGGCAAUGUUUUGGUCAGGAACUCGUCAAAUAGUGCACGAAUAUACCUACAUUAAAAAUUCAUUCUUUACUCUUGAAGAUACCUUUAAUGGAUAUGUUGCUAACGAUCUUAAUUGGUGUGGAUGUAAAACCUGCCCUGAUGGAAUUAAUUAUAAUAAUUGUAUGGGUUGUACAAAAGCAACUGACUCGUUUUGGGCGCGUGCUUCACGAACGUUCGCUGAAAAUGCAAGUGGCACAGCAUAUGUGAUGGUAAAUGGUACAACUGACAAAAAUUAUACUGCAUAUUACAAUGGAAGCUAUUUUGGGAGAAUAGAACUUCCAACUCUAGGAAAAAUGAAGCAAAUUACAAGUUUGGUCAUUCUUGUGAUAAAUAAUCUCGAUACAACACCCAAAGAAUUAUGUGGCCAAGGUUCAUUAGCGAAACUUGUUCAAGAUGCUAACAAAUUGGGGAUUUUUAAUAUAAAUUGUAUUGACGAUCCAAGGGACACGUAUUUUAUGCAAUGUGCAAAGUACCCUAACGCCCAAGAAUGUCAAACAACAAGUAGCUCAUUAUUAAACACUAUAUCGUGGAAGAGUUUUACGGUUUUAUUUCUAGCUUGGUCAAUAAUUUUAUAUUUUCAGAUUGUUUAAAUGUAUAUAUAUAUAUAUAUAUAUAUAUAUAUAUAUAUAUAUAUUGUAUAUAUAUGUAUAUAUAUAUAUAUAUAUAUAUAUAUAUAUAUAUAUAUAUAUAUAUAUAUAUAUAUUUAAAUUUAUUAAAUAAAUUAAUGUUAUUGUUACUAUUUAUAAAUUGUUAUACGAUAAUG